AUGGCAGAACAGCACAGGGCACCGGAGCAGGCUGCUGCUGGCAAACAUGGAGGCCUGGGCUACAAGGUGACCAUGUAUGAGCUGGAGAACUUUCAGGACAAGCGGAACGAACUCUCGGCUGAGUGCCGCAACCUGCUGGACAGCCUGCUGGAGAAGGUAGGCUCCAUCCAGGUGGAGUCUGGGCCGUGUCUGACAUUUGAAUGCAGGGCCUUCUGCGGGGAGCAAUUUGUCCUGGAGAAGGGUGACUACCCUCACUGGGAUGUCUGGUCCAGCAGCCACCACAGUGACAGCCUUCUGUCCCUCUGACCACUGCAUGUUGAUGGUCCAGACCAUAAGUUGCAUCUGUUUGAGAAUCCAGCUUUCAGUGGCCGAAAGAUGGAGAUAAUGGAAGAGGAUGUGCUCAACCUCUAGGCCCAUGGCUUCCAGGACUGGGUGGCAAGUGUCUAUGCCAUCAGUUGGGGGGUUGGCUAUGAGUUCCCUGGCUAUCGUGGCUGCCAGUAUGUGUUCAAGCAGGGAGAGUACCAACACUGGAAUGCCAGCCAGCCUCAGCUGCAGUGUGUGUGCCACAUCUGAGACCAGAUGCACAAGUGGGACUGCUUCCUUAGUAGAUGA